AGUCAACAUUCCACAUGACAGUUUGAUCACCAGUAGACUUACAGUGAGUCUACCAGAAGAAAAUAAAUUAACUUAUAUAUACACUUGCACUCCAGGGAUUCCUUACCAAAAAAGGAGAUGGCACAAGGAAGGAGAAGCUUAUCAGAAAGAUUGGAGAUGAGGGCUGAGAUUAUAAGCAAGGCCUUUGAAUUGUCAAUGAAUGCACACAAGUUUUGUGGUGCACGCUCUGAUGAGUAUCUUAGCCAGGAAAUUCAUAACUCAUUUGAGAUUGUUUUUGCAUUUCCGGGAUCAUGGUCUGUGAAUGAGUGGUUUAGCUGCAGUCCCUUUGGCGAAAUAAAGAUCGACCUCUCGCUCUUUCCUUGUCUCAGAAGCAUUGGCAAUCAAGAAUUCGCGUUUGUAAAUGAAGCAUUCUUCCGUGAAUUUAUAGCACUUCUUCGAACAUCUAGGUUGGCAAUUGAGGUGGAGAAAGCAGUGAAAGAUAAAAAGCAAGUAGUAUUUGCAGGUCACUCCUCUGGUGGUUCAUUGGCCAUGCUCACAACUGUUUGGUUCCUGGAGAGAUACACUAGGAAAAAUGGUGCCACAACUCCUCGUUGUGUGACUUUCGGCUCUCCAUUGAUCGGUGACCACAUCUUUUCUCACGCCAUAAGGCGAGAAAACUGGGGUCGUUGCUUCAUAAACUUUGUCACCAAAUAUGACAUUGUUCCUCUGACAAUGCUUACCCCUUUAUCUUUAAUCCAUAAAACACUCCCACGAAUACUCGAUUUUCACUGUCCAAAAUCAGAAUUUUACAAGCACAUGAUGAUUUCAACAUCAAGUGCGGCCUCAUCGUUUUAUUUGAAUGUAUUGACGCAAGCAUCACUUGUUGCGAGUUAUGUUGCUUCAAGUUUCAGGGGAAGCACAAAUAUACUAGUCGGAAAUUUCUCAAAAUUCGUUGAGCUUAGCCCUUAUAGGCCUUUUGGGACAUAUAUAUUCUGUGACGAAGAUAAGACUUCUUUUGGGAUGGAGAAUCCGGAUGCUAUUUUGCAAACAUUGUUCUACUUUUCUCGAUUGAGCACUGAAGAAGAAGGUCCAAUGGUUGCUUGUCUGAAGUUAAAUGCAAAUAUGAGGUACGAAGUAGUAUUAGAUAAUUGCUUAAAGAUGCAAAAUUUUGUUUAUCUGGAAAAUGCAUCUGAUCUGGAGGCAGAGGAUAUUAAAGACACUCUGCAUGACCUUGGCUUGGACACCCGAGCCAUACUAUCUCUCUAUGCUGCUCUAGGCUUCGAGAAACAAAAGAUGAAAAAUGAAGCAGAAAUCGAGAAAGAAAUCAUUGAGAAAGACCUUUGUGCAAUUCAAAAAUAUAAAAUGGACUGUGAACUUUCCAAAGUCGGAUACUAUGACGCCUUCAAGAUGCAAAACAACGAAAGUGACUUUAAGGCAGACGUUGCGAGGCUUGAGCUAGCAGGAAUCUGGGAUGAAAUUGUGGACAUGGUGAAAAGAGGCGAAUUUCCGGAUAAUUUUGAGGGAAAGAAAGAGUGGAUAGAGUUGGGCACAAAAUUUAGACGAUUACUGGAGCCUCUAGAUGUCGCGAACUACUAUAUGCAAGGAAGAAAUGACGAUGCAGGAAGUUACCUAAUAAAAGGUAGACCGAGGCGCUAUAAAUUUCCACAGAGAUGGCAUGAACAUGACAAACGAAUGGUGCGAUAUGAGACAAUUUCAGAAUCAUGUUUUUUGGGGGAGGUGGAGGAAAUAAAGUUCGUAAGCAAGAAAACGUGCUACGAAGAUAUAAAGGAGAGGAUUGUAAAGUUAGAAGGACAAGUAUUAGACUGGUGCAACAAUGAAGUCCUUGAUAAGGAUGUGAUUUUGGAAAGUUCUACCUUCACUCAGUGGUGGAAGUCACUCCCCGACGAGCACAAGUUAGCAUCGUGCAUAAAACAUUUGUUUGUUAUGACUUGAGAAUGUUAAAGGGUCCAGGGUCUAUUUUACUCUCAGUGGGCAAUCAGGUAUUCUGGUGUGCAGCUAAUUACAAGAUUUGGUGCACUAGACAGAUCAAAAUAAGAUCUCACACUCUAGACUAGUUUAAUAUUGUGGUUUGGCUGGCCUUCUUAGUCAUUGUAUAGCUUUGUUCUGUUUCGAAACCUUCCUGGAAAAAUAAAUUCAGCACACUAUCAAUCCUAGUAUCGACUGUCUGUCAAAAAAAAAAAAAAAAUCCUAGUAUCGACUGUGUGGAAUCACAGAUUCUACAUUUCUAAGCUUAUCUGCAGAACAUCCAUGUUGUUUGGAUCAUGAAGACAGCCCGAGGACAGGAUGAACGUGUACUACUUAUGCUAAUGGGAUCAUGAGAGUGGUGAUUUUGGUUAUUAACCGAGACUUGUAAUUACUUCCUGAUACGAUGAAGUGAUACUGUGCAAAUAAAAAAAGUCUGUGACAUUUUCCUCAGAAAUAUACAACUUUUAGGCUCAA